AUGGCUACCGAAGCUCGGCACUGGGCCACACCCUUCCUCUCAGGGCACCACGAUGAGCAUCGCGCACAAGAUGCGAGACCGUUGGCCUUGAUAAUCCUAAAUCAACCUUUCUCGCUCGGACUUCUCCGUCGUGUAUGGAACGCGAGUAGCUGGCGCGCAUGUGCUGAUGGCGGUGCGAACCGGCUCUACGAUGUGUUGACUUCUGCUUCCGUGCCUACUUCGAACUACCUACCCGAUCUCAUCAAAGGCGACUUGGACUCCUUGCGCGAUGAUGUUCGCCGCCACUAUUUCGAUCAGGACAUUCCCGUAAUCAAGGACUCGAACGAGUACACCACGGAUCUGAUGAAGUGCCUAGAGAGCCUCCAGGAGCUCGAGAAGGAGGGCCAGACGUACGAUGUACUACUACUUGGUGGCCUGUCCGGUCGACUAGACCAGACAGUCCAUACUCUGCACUAUCUACACAAACUCCGGCGUACCGGAAGGCGCGUGUUCGCCGUCACCGACGAUAACGUUGGCUGGGUUCUCGAUGCUGGGGAACACUACAUCACUAUUGAUCAUGCUGCACUUGGCAAGACGUGUGGCCUAUUACCCGUGGGUGUUGACAGCACUAUCCUCUCUACCAAAGGCCUCGAGUGGAAUCUAGAUGAAGCAGAGUCGAGUUUCGAAGGGCUCGUCUCGACGUCGAACCACUUGAUGCCCGGGCAAGAUGUCUGGGUGCGCACAUCAAGACCGAUUUGGUGGACCGCCGAGCUUCGACCAAUUGCAUAG